AUGACGAAAUUCAGCUUCCUCGCGACCUGCCUCGCAGGCGCAUCGGCUGUCGUGCUACCACGAGCCGAUAUCCCCACGGGUGCACCAGCCCUCCCUCUCUCGGCUUUCAACACUAUGCCCCACCAGAUGCUCACUCCAGAGGAACUGGUGACCCUCGUCGAUAACGGGACACAGCACGGUCCUGGAGGUGACUUCCAGAGUAUUCAGGCGACAUGCAGCAGCCCACGUACACGACCAGAAUGGCACAGCACCUCCGACGCCUUCAAACAGAAGUUCGUCGACGCAAUAAAGUGCUUGUUCACCUCCCCGAGCAAAGGAAAUUAUCCCGGGUCUCGCAACCGCUACGAAGAUUUCGUCCAAGUGCACCAGACAGUCGCUCUUAACGUGCACAGUCAUGACAACCAGUUCAACGCGAAGUUCGUCGUCUGGCAUCGCGCGUACUUAUGGGCUUUCGAGGAAUCGCUCCGUGGAGAAUGCGGGUACACCGAGAGCCUCCCCUGGUUCGACGAGACGAAGUACCCUGGGCACUUCUCGCAGUCCACCAUUUUCAGCAGCAAGUGGUUCGGCGCUAUUAAUUUGAAUGGCGCAUGUGUUGCGGACGGCCAAUUCGCUAAUCUCGCUCUGAAUAUCGGACCUGGCUCAGGCAAUCAGUACCAUUGCCUCACGCGGAACGGCGACGCUUCCGUCACAGGUCUCUGCACCUCCGCCAACGUAGAGACAUGCCAAGUCGCAAACGACUACCAAGUCUUCGCAAGCUGCGAAGAAUCCGGUAUCCACGCUUACGGCCAUAUCGGCACUGGUGGCGAAAUGGCUGAUUUCUUUGCCAGUCCUAACGAUCCGGUCUUCUGGCUGCACCAUGGCAUGGUCGAUCGCCACUUUAGGAUUUGGCAAAAUGAUGACAGUAAUCGAGUUAAUUAUGUUAAUGGACCGGGACCGGAUGGGAAGGCGUUGACGAUGGAUACAAUGAUUUAUUUGAAUGGUUUGAAGCCGGAUUUAAGGAUCAGGGAUAUCAUGAAUACGUUGGGUGGGUUCUUGUGUUAUAGGUAUGAUUACUAG